AUGACUUCAUCAAUUUCUACAUUUCGUUCAACACGUCUUAUUGAGCGGACACUAAGCGAAAAUGAAAAUGAUAUAGAUUAUAUAAUUCCAUCAAAAUCGUUCUUUGAAUAUCAUGCAGAGUCUAUUGGAAGAAUAUUUGCAUGGACUUGUACCGUGUUAUAUUUAACAAGCAGAAUGCCUCAGAUAUGGAAAAAUUACAAAAGAAGAUCAGUUGAAGGACUUUCAAUUUUUAUGUUUGUAUUUGCCGCUUUAGGAAACUUUACAUAUACAGUCUCAAUAUUCUCAAGUCCAUUAGUGCGUACGAAUCCAACUUACUUAAAAGAAAGUACUCCUUAUAUCUUAGGAUCUAUAGGUACUUUGGUAUUUGAUCUAACUAUCUUUUUACAAUGGUAUUAUUGGAAGAAUCGCGAUGACUUUGAAUUAAAUAAGGAAGCUGUUGAUAACGUUGAGUAUAGUAGACUACCACUUGGUGAUGGUGGAUUUAGAAAUAGUGAUGAUGGAAAUGAUGAGAUUUAA